GAUUCUUCUUCGCUUGCCGUCUUCGCCUGCAACUUCAUCCACGGUGUGAUUAAACCUAAGCCUCACCGCCGCCCCACCGCGUUCCAUUACAAACCGCCGCUAGCGCUCUCCUCCGUUGCUUUAGCGUCAAACGCACACGUACCACACAACAGGAAACACACACACACACACACGCACAAGCAUGUCUCCAGCGCCGACGAAGUCGAGUCGCACCCCGCGUCCGUGGCGGCUGCUGACCGUCGCAGCACUUCUCACGGUUGCAUGCGGCCACCUUGCCCUUGGCGCGUCUGCGAAAGCGUUGACCUCCCCUCCGUCAGUCGUUGCGGGCACCACGGAUGGUGCUCCUCGCCCUACCAGCCCCACCACCCACAACGGCCGUCUCGCCAUGCCGAAGCCGGGUGCGGCUCGCCUGAGUUUCGUUGACUUCGGCACCACUGCUCCCCCCAUCACUCCCAUCCCCGACCCGACUACGACGUCCUUCCCCUCCCACAACUCGUCGGCCUCAGAGUUCAGCAACAGCAGUGACACUCUCAUGGGCAGUAACAGCAACAGCAGUAGCAGCCUCGUGGGCAGUAACAGCAACAGCAGCGGUAGCAACAGUCUCGUGGGCAGCAGCAGCAACAGCAGUGGCAGCCUCGUGGGCAGCAGCGACAGCAACAGCCUCGUGGGCAGCAACAGCAGCAGCAGCAGCCUCGUGGGCAGCAACAGCAGCAGCGGCAGCCUCGUGGGCAGCAGCAGCAACAGCAGUGGCAGCAACAGUCUCGUGGGCAGCAGCAGCAACAGCAGUGGCAGCCUCGUGGGCAGCAGCGACAGCAGCGACAGCAGCAGCCUCGUGGGCAGCAACAGCAGCAGCGGCAGCCUCGUGGGCAGCAGCAGCAACAGCAGUGGCAGCAACAGUCUCGUGGGCAGCAGCAGCAACAGCAGUGGCAGCCUCGUGGGCAGCAGCGACAGCAGCGACAGCAGCAGCCUCGUGGGCAGCAGCAGCAACAGCAGUGGCAGCAACAGUCUCGUGGGCAGCAGCAGCAACAGCAGUGGCAGCCUCGUGGGCAGCAGUGACAGCAGCGACAGCAACAGCCUCGUGGGCAGCAACAGCGGCAGCAACAAUCUCGUGGGCAGCAGUGACAGCAGCGACAGCAGUGACAGCCUCGUGGGCAGCAGCAGCAGCAGCAGCAACAGCAGCAGUACAGUUGAUGGGGGAGUGUCUUCCAACAGCGAUUUCAACACAACCACAACCACAACCACAACCACUUCUUCCCCCUGCAACUUCCACUGCAUCCCUUACCUCACCACGGCGCAGUGUGUCGCCACCGGUGCGGUGCUCAACGCCCUUCGCACGGCGUUCCCCGCCCAGCUCGAGAACGUGUGGGCCGGUUCGAACUUCUGUCUCUGGAAGCAGGUGCAGUGCUCCCUGGGCGGUGUCGUGGUGCUCAUCCCGUACUGGAAUCUGCAGGGUACGAUGCCGGCCGUGCCGGUGGAGGUGGCGCCCGCCGACGUGGCGGUGUCGGCGCUGAUUCUAACGGGCAACACCGGCAUCACCGGCACGCUGGACAAGUCGUGGAGGCGCCUGCCGAAGCUGCGCGUUCUGGACGUCACCGGAUGCUCUCUGAGCGACGCCUCUUCUGACAGCUAA